AUGCCGGAAAACCUGGCAGGAGAAGGCAUAUUCUGUUUGGACUUCAGAUUAUUCUUUUUUUCACAGCUGAAGGAGUAUCAGCAGAAGAAUAGCCCUGGAGCAACUGCAGGAACCAAGAAAAAACGCAAAACUAAAGAAGGCAGUAGACCUGAGACUCCCACCAACGAUGACCAGCAGCCUCCAGAGAACAUUCAGAACAUUCUGAAGGUGCUGGUGUCAGACCUUAACCGCUCCAAUGGGGUAGCCAUACCCUCAUUGGACAAGAGGAAGGCGUACUUUGAGAGUGAUGUUGCCACUCGUAACGCUGAGCAGCUUGCUACCGAUGUCCCUGUGCUGUCUAACAGCAACACCCUACCUAGUUGUGGUUCUGUUCUGCCUGCUCCCGGGAGCAUGCAGCUGACGCAGAUUCAUGAAGCUGAGGAUCAUAAAAAUGCUUUGGAUGAGAACAGGUCCAUCUCAUCAACAGAAAGUCUGCGCCAGUUGUCUGAACAACUCAAUGGCCUGGUUUCUCAGUCUACAUCGUAUGUGAAUGGGGAAAGUGCUGUUUCUUCCACAAAUAUUAAGGAAAUGGAAACACGUUACCAGGAGCUGGCAGUAGCCCUGGAUUCCAGCAAUCUAACUAACAAACAGCUCGUUACAAAGAUAGAGGAAUUGAAACAGCAGAACCAAGAAGCAAUGAAUCAGCUGGAGAAGGAAAAGAAGGAGUUUGAGCAGAAAUUCUCUAAAGAGCAAGCAGCACUGAGGGAACAGCUACAGGUUCACAUCCAGACUAUUGGAAUUCUGGUUUCUGAGAAGUCUGAGCUGCAGACGGCCCUUGGACACACUCAGCAAGCUGCACGGCAGAAAUCAGGAGAAGUUGAAAACCUGGCUGCUCGUUUACAUUCAUCUCGCCAGAGGGUAUCAGAGCUGGAACGUACUUUGUCCUCCAUCUCUAUGCAGCAAAAACAGUCAGAGAAGCAUAAUAAAGAAUUAGUGAAGGAGCGAGACAACCUGAAAAUGGAACUGUACAAGCAGAGCAAAAGUAGCGAGGAAAUAAAGCAGCAGAAUUCGGAGCUGUCAGAGAAAGUUCACUCCCUGGUUUCUGUGAACUCAGCUAUGAAGUUGGAUAUGGAGGAUUUGCAUAAGAAGCUGGAAAUGGCUGAACUGAUGCUUCAACAGUUCUCAAAUCAGGCAGGGAGUCUGGAUGCCAACCAGCAGCUGCAGAUGGCACUGGAAGAGAAGGUGGGCCUGGAAACCCAGGUUGCUCAGCUCUCGGAGUCACUUCAGCAGCUCCAGGCAGAAAGGGAUCAGUAUGUAGAGAAACUGAAGGAGGAGCGGAGCGUUUGGCAGCAGCGGGUGCAGCAGCUCUCUGAGCAGGUCCACACAAUGGCAGAGGAGAAGGAGAAGUAUAUGGCUCAAAUUCGGGAGCUGGAAGCCAAUAUUACAGAGCUGGUGAACAAAUCAGCAGUUAAGCCCAUGGAUAUCGAGCCUUCCUUACCAGCAGGGCCCACGGCCGCUGAGUUGAGUCUGCAGGAAGAGAUCCAGAGGCUGCAGCAAGAGAAGGAGGAGCUGCACGGGCAGUUCCAGGCCCAGGUCCGGGACAACGAGCAGCUGAGCCACCUCAACCGGGAGCAGGAGGAGCGGCUGCUGGAGCUCGAGAAGGCCGUGCAGCGCUACAAUGAGGAGUCUGUGGACAGGCAGCAGAUCCUGGAGGACAUGCAGAGUGACAAGGCCACAAUCAGCAGGGCACUGAGCCAAAAUCGGGACCUAAAGGAGCAGCUGGCUGAGCUGCAGAAUGGGUUUGUGAAACUGACAAAUGAGAACAUGGAGAUUACAAGUGCCCUACAGUCAGAGCAACAUGUAAAGAAAGAGUUGGCCAAGAGGCUCGGGCAGCUGCAGGAGAACCUGGGGGACCUCAAAGAGACGCUGGAACUGAAAACCCAGGAGGCUCGGGGGCUGCAGGAGCAGCGGGACCAGUACUAUGGCCACCUACAGCAGUACAGCGUGGCCUACCAGCAGCUGGCUGCCGAGAAGGAGGAGCUGCACAAACAGUUCUUGCUGCAGACACAGCUGAUGGAUCGGCUACAGCAUGAAGAGGUGCAGGGGAAGGUGACAGUGGAAAUGCACCUGAAAGAGCUGCAGCAGACCAAGGAAAAUCUGGAAGCUGUAGCUAAGGAAAACAAAGAGCUGCAGGCCCAGAUUAGUCAGUUGGCAGCAGACCUGGAUGGCAGGGUUUUGCACCGACUAGAGGGAGACGGAGUUGAAAGUGAAGCAAUGACCGAAGAAAUCCAAAAAUCUUCAUUUGUGAUCCCAGAGAAGUUUGAAAGCCAUGAAGAAAUGGUUGCUUUCUUGACAUCUGCCAUGUCCCAAGUGGAGAAGGAGCGAGAGGACAUGAGGCAGCAGCUGGCUGCUCAGAAGCAGCAGUGCAGAAGCCUCCUGCAGCAAAUAGCAACUCUUAGGCAGGAGCAGCAACACAACGUCACGCUGGCGGGAGGUUCCACCAUGGAUACUGUUCCAGUGGAAGUCCAUGAGGCUUUGAAAACUGCCAUGGAGAAACUACAGUCCCGUUUCACAGACCUGAUGCGUGAGAAAGCUGAUCUGAAGGAACGGCUGGAAGAGUUAGAGCAUCGCUGCAUUCAGCUCUCCGGGGAAACCGACACCAUCGGGGAGUAUAUUGCAUUAUACCAGAGUCAAAGGGCUAUCCUCAAACAGCGGCACCAGGAGAAGGAGGAGUACAUCAGCAGAUUGGCCCAGGAUAAGGAAGAGAUGAAGAUGAAACUCCUGGAGCUGCAGGAGUUGGUGAUGCGUCUGGUGAGGGAAAGGAAUGAGUGGUACAGCAAGUACGUGGCAGCCGCUCAGAACCCAGAGCUGUUGGGGAGCGGGAGCGACGGCGUCCUGCCAGGGGAGAGGCGCAUCGAGCUCAACGCGACCGACGGAGAAGGGUUACGAGAAGUGAAUUUAGCAGAUGAAGCAGAACAAGAGGCUGCUGUUCUUCAUCAAUCCGGUUUCUCCCCUAUCGACAGUAAAGCUGCUCAGCCCAGCCAAGAGGACCCCACAGCAAAGCAAAUAAUGCAGCUUCUCAGAGAAAUCCAGAACCCUCAGGAGAGGAUGAGCUCCCUGCUGGAAAACCCCUGCAUUCCCUUCUUCUACCGUGCUGAUGAGAACGAUGAGGUCAAAAUCAUGGUAGUUUAAGUGGCGCUAAAUCUUAAUUGCAGCAAUUUUCUAUGAGUCUGAAAGGACUUAUCUGACUUGUACGUGCCCAUACCUCUGCUCAGUGCCCUUGGUGAGACCAGAUUCUUAAAGACAUCAGGAAAGAGGGAUUGCAUCAGACAGAACUCGAGCAUCAGAGCUCAUCCUCCCUUUCUCUUUCUUCUGUUACUUGGUGUGCUUGGAGCACAGGCAGACUCACACUAAUCCUGGGAGGCAGCUGGUGCUGGCACUUCACCUGGGCUGGGGGGAAGGGGAUUCCAUGACUUUGGGCAAAAUGACUUGAUCCUUUGUCCCAGACUCUGCUGCCAGCAGGCAGCUUCACAGCAGUGACCGAGCAGCGGUUCUGAUCCAUCACUCAUGACUGUAAUCAAUCAGCCUAGAUCCUUCCAGGGCUCCCAAAGCAACUAACUUAUUCUGGUAACGAACUCUUUGGACUCUAAACAGGUUGGUUUUGUUUCAUACUAUGUACCUUUAAAUUUCCCACUUUCUUCUGCAGCCUGAUCUCUUACAACUGUAUCUGAAACUGGCCUGGUCAGUCUUGAACAGCCAAAAGAUGCAGGUUCCUGGCACACGCGCCAGCCCCAUCGAUUCUCAUUGCUCGGGGAAGGGACCCAGGGUGGCCUUUUGAGUCUUUUUGGUUACUUGACAAAGCUUUAUGUGAUUCUUGGGAGUGGGGUGGAAAUGUAACUGCACUUUGAAGGAUGAUGUGUUUCACUUGUAUGUGUCUGAAGGUUUUAUUUAUUUUAAAAAAAUGGGAGAAAUAAGUAAAAGGAAACCACUUAAUAAACAUGCUUUGUUUUGAA